UCUGCGUGAGCCUGCACGGAGCCGGACUGAGCCACUUUGAAUAGACGAGGACUCCUCCGGCGUCUGCUUUCUCCCGGUGCAUCAGUGAUGAGAGUGGCCGACAGGCGCCACGGACGCGGCUCCUUCCCUCCUAUGUGGACCGGCGGUGCGCAAAAGCGCGCUCCGUGGCUCAGCGGCAUCUUCACGCAUCCCCCGCUCCAGAGAUCGACCCGGACCCGGGAGGCGCGCUGACAUCCUCACCCGACAACCCCCCUGCGAGAUGUGCUGUGGACUGCAGAUGAUUCUUCCUCCUCCUCCAAUUCGAAUUCAAUGGCAGACAAAGACUGCUUUCCUCACUGCUGAGCUCGGAGAGACAGAUCUGCUCCACGGCUAAACCACUUCCUCCUUCCUUGCUUCGGUCUCUCAGCCUGUCCCCAUGGCUUCUUUUCUAGCGUCAGCCUUUUUCCUGGUUCUCCAGACGUACGCUGCCCCACCUGAGCUCAUCCAGGCAGGGUUCGGUAUGGAUCCCCUGGACCUUGACCCUGGACUACCAAACAAUGUUUCCGAAGACAUAACCACAUCUCCGCCUCCAGGAACCAGCAAACGAGCGCCUCAUAGUAUCAUUAUCGGGGUGCGCAAAGGAGGCACGAGAGCGCUGCUGGAGAUGCUCGACAUCCACCCAGAGGUCGCUGCCGCCGCCACAGAGGUGCACUUCUUCGACUGGGAUGAGAACUAUGCCAAAGGCUUUGAGUGGUACCGCGAGUUGAUGCCCUACUCCUAUCCACACCAGAUCACGGUGGAGAAAACUCCAGGUUACUUCACGUCCGCCCUCGCGCCGGAACGCAUCUGUGCCAUGAACUCGUCGAUAAAGCUGCUCCUGAUCUUGCGGGACCCGGCCGAGCGGGUCAUAUCCGACUACACCCAGGUCUACUUCAACCGGCUGGAGAACCACAAGCCGGUACAAGCCAUCGAGAACCUGCUGGUGCGCAACGGAGCCCUGAACGUCCGCUACAAGGCAAUCCAGAGGAGCCUGUACGACGUCCACAUGCGCAACUGGCUGCGCCACUUCCCCCUGAGGCAGAUACACAUAGUGGACGGGGACGCUCUGAUCCGUGACCCUUUGCCCGAGCUUCAGAAGGUGGAGCGCUUCCUCAACCUGCCACCUCGGAUAGUAUCCUCCAACUUCUACUUCAACCAGACCAAGGGGUUCUACUGCAUCCGAAGUGACGGGCGGGAGCGCUGCCUCCACGAGUCCAAGGGACGUCCUCACCCCGCAGUGAACAGCACCGUCCUCCAGCAGCUCCGCUCCUACCUGCAGGAACACAACCGAACCUUCUUCAGGCUGGUAAAGCGCACCUUCGACUGGCAAUAAAAGAAAAAAAAAAAACCCUGAUUAGAACUGGUUGGAACUGGACUCACUGGACCCACUUCCUUGUUUGUGAAGAGGACAAUACAGGGGGGCCAUAAAGCACUUUAUAAACAUUUGAGAACCCCCCUUUGAAUAUCCUCUUAAUAAGUACUGUUGUGGUCUCUGGUUUAAGCAGAGCAGUUCUAUAUUUACAUGAU